AUGUUGGGAUGUUUAAGCACACUGCUGGUUCUCCUAGCUGGCGGAGGUAGUUUGAUUCUCCCAGCAGUUCAAAGCAAAACCGUGUCAGAUCCUAACUUAUGUCCAGGUUACAAUUCACAAAGAGUUUCUCCCUUCCUUUCCAGUUGUAAACAAAAUCUGAAUAAAUGCAUGUUCCGCUAUUUCGAUGAACAAUAUGCGUUUUGCCGGUCAUGCGUCACUGUGAAUAAUGAAACAAUGGAAGACUUAAAUAACUGCAGAUGUAUAGAAUGUGCCUUGAGCUCUCUUAAGAGAAGUUGCUUUCAAGAUUACUGUACCUCUAACGAUGAAUAUGAAGAGUUGCUGGUUUUUAUUGAACAAUUUCAAUCGACAAAUAAAGUUAUCGACAACGGAGUGACUUUGAAAUCCAACGACAACAAAUUUUCAAGUAAGAAAUUGUCCUAUUUUGUUGGCCAAAAUCAUACAAUUUUUAGGAAUCCUUUGCCAUUCGAGAAAAAGCAAUUAAUUUCUGCAUUAUUAAACUCUUUAACGAACAAUCAAGACACAAAAUCGUCGUUUGAUAUGUUCAAAAAAAUUGACACUGAUGAUGAAAUCCAAAUUUUGCACAAAAGAGGGAGUAACGAUAAAACUUUAUCUGAAUCACCAAGUGAUGUAGAUAGAAGCGAGAAUCACAGCGGCACAAACACCAAGAAACAGGGAAAUGACAGCGAGGAUAAUGGGACUAAAGAGAUUAAUGAGGAUGCCUGCAGUGUUAUUUUUGAUGAAAACGAUAGUAUAGAUAACAGCCUUGAUAGUGAGAAAAUACUUACAAAAAACUCCCCAUUUCACACUGCAACUAAAACUCAUACCACCUAUCCUUCUAGCAAACAAUCAUGGACUCCUUUAGAGCGAAGAACAGUUUCUACUAGUUAUUUGGUGGAUGAAUGCCAAGGUACAAAAGCAAUAACCACGAUAAAUUCUUCUCACGAUACUAACAUUGAAACUGAAACAAGAACUACCCUAGCCAUGUCAACAGAGGAAAGAAAAGUAUGGUUUCCCAAAACCACGAUUAUAACAAACACUGCAACUACUACGUCUUCAAACGUCAUGAUUGUCAUCACAACAAAUUUAUUACUAACGGAAAUUAAUGCACAUGAGUUAAAGAAGAAAACUGGAAUUAAAGUUGGUAUUUUCAGCGCUAAUGACGAGGCCGUUUCAUCGGAUGAGAGAAGUGUACAAACAGAAGCAAAAAGUAACCGAAUUUCUAAUCCAGGCACAGCUAGCCAACAAACUAACUUGUUCGCUACAACUACCCCGCAUUUAUCCCCCCAAUCGGCACUUGGUUCCAGUGAAUACAUAUCGGCGGCAUCUCAACUAGACAAAAGGAUAUUCUUGUUUACUGUUAUUACAGUCUCCAUUACUACUUUAAUGAUGUUGGGGCUUUCCUACCGGUCACGAGUAUCCCUUAGAGAUCAUAACGUUGAUGAAUCAGAAGACGAUGAUGACUGGUCCAAUGAAGAAAUUGAAUUUGAUGAAGAGUAUUUCUAUUCUCUUCCUGUAAGUAUACCAGAAAAAGGAAUCAGUUUGGAUAAAAUGGCACAGCAACUUGGUGUAGAAUAG